AUGGUCUUGUCUGAAAAUGGGAAUAUUCAGAUGAAAAAUGACCGGAAGUACUGGUAUUUUCUACUUGUACUUGGAGCACUUGCUCUACUCAAUGCAAUUGUUUCGACAAUGAUGAAGCCGUUUGAAUUGAUGCAUCAUUUCUCUGUCAUCAAUAUUCAUUGGAUCAACACAAUUACACUAUUAGCUGGAAUUUCCCCAUUCGUUUUCCCGCAAAAAACUUUGAAAUCUGAAACAGCGAUUGUUGUGGUGAAUAUUCUCAGUUUCUGUAUUUGUAUCAGUUGUGCAUUUGCUGAUCUUGGAAAUCUCGCAAUUAAAUCAUUUGGACAACCGAAUAACACUGGAUUUUUCUCCAAUUUUUUCAGUGAUGAUGAGAUUGAAACGGAAAUCCCCCAACCAUCGAAGGAAAUAUCGGAACACCUUGCCAAGUUGGCUCAAAAAUUUAGAGACCAUCUAAUGGUAUACAACUGCCUCGACUUGGCAAUAUGUGUUCUCGCUGCAUGCAUCUCUCAUAAACUGAUUGUAAAUCGUAUUGAAGCAUCUCCGAAUGUACAUUUGACGGAUAGUCGCCGAUUCCAAGGUUAUGGAGUUGCAUUGAUCAUAAUGACAGUCACGGGAAUCGUGAAUCAUAUGUGGCAACGGAUUAUUAUGGUUAAUCAUAAGCAAGCAAUAUUUCUCGAUAUGCAUACAAUUGAUGAGUUCUCAUGGCUUGUCAUCAAUCUGGCUACAGGAAUUUUUGUAUUCCUCUCAUCGAAAUCGAAUCAAAUCGUUCAAAGUGUAUCGUUCGCUCUGUCAGGAGCCACUAUUUAUCCUUCAUUUUUCUACGCUUGGUUAGAUUACAGAAUAAUGACAUCUGCUCAUUCGAAUUUCCUAUUCCGUCAAGCCAUCACAUCUCUCGUGAUCUCGAUUCCUCAUAUGUUUGUUCUUCUGACAAUUUUCCUCACUUUCAUCAUGACACGACGAGAUGCAACACGAGUACAAUUGACUCAUUUGAAUAAGUUAAUCUUCACAGGAUUCUCAGUUUUCUUCCUGAUUAUUUCGUUAUCUCUCAUCAAUGUCAACUUGUAUGCUCUUUUCACCAAACAGUUUUACAAGAUUUUUCAUAGCAGUGAGCAGAAACUACCAUUCCUCACCGCAUUCCUGUCACUGUUCACAGGAUUAAGUGUUGCCAGCAGGUUCAAUUACAUCACAAUUGCAUCCUCAUUAGUCAUAGGAAUCCUGGCUAUAAAUGCCACUUACUUGCACAUUUUUUCCUAUAUUUAUCUGCAAAUUAAUGGAUAUUUCAUCGAUGGAACAAGCUCAGAAUUCCUCGUUUUGCCAGCUGACAAAUAUGAUAAUGGAACUGAAACAUCAAGUGUGCAUACAAUCGAGACUUCUUUGAAUGUGAUUUCAUUCGUUGGAUCGAGUGUUCUUGUUUUGUUCCUAGCUUAUUUGGCAAGAACUGCUCUCCCGCCACCUGACACCUCUGAAGACUCAGCAGAAGAGCUUGUUGCGAAGAAAAGAUAUGAAAAGAAAGUUCUCGGACUUGGAGUUGUAAUGCUCUUCUCUGCUGUAUUUGUACUUUCUCUGGCCUUUUAUGUCUUCUUUAGAACUCAUAGUCCACAUCCUUUAGUCACAAUAUAUUCACAAUUAUUUCACGUCGUUCUGGCUUUAUCCAUCACAUCAUAUGCACUAUUUCAAGUUCUCGUAGCAGAGCACCUUGCAAAAUAUCCACUUUUGUCGUGUUCUCUCAUCAUUUUGUCCGUAAUCAGAGCAUUGGAUAUUCUGACGCAAAUCGACUACAAAGACAUUGGAAAUCAGCCGGUGACGUGGACAAUUCAUGCACUCGUGGAGUACAUGGCUAUAUUUUUCCACUUUGCCACAAUCGCAAUAAUUUUCCGUAUCGAAGGAGCUGGUCGGCCUCUCAUAGAACCUGCUGAGAUUCCAAUGUCAUUUGAGAAUCCACUUGGUAAUGCGACAGAUGAAAACGGGUACAUCAUGUUGCGAACUGCUGAAAAUGAGCAAGCAGAUUGA